AUGGCCAUUAUAGACAUGCUAGAAGAGAUUAGAUGUGCAUUAAUGGAGAGAAUGCAUUGUAAGUUGAUGCAUGCUAGUGGUUUAACUGACUCCAUCAUACCUAGAAUUAGAACUAACCUUGAAGAAACCAAGUACAAUAGUAGAUCAUGUACUUGCAAACCUAAUGUUGGUGGCAAGUUUCAAGUAAACAUAGGAGAGGAUCAGUUUAUGAUUGAUAUAAAUAUGCACACCUAUACUUGUAGAGCAUUGCAGAUAACAGGCAUUCCUUGUAUGCAUUCCUGUUCUAGCAUUCAUUGGAUGAACCAGGAUAGUGCAACCUUUGUGGAAAAGUGCUAUACUGUAGAACUUGAAACCUACAAAAGUUCUCUUGAGCCACUGAAUGGUAAAAGAAUGUGGCCACAAGCUGAUGGGCCUCCAAUCAAGGCAUCCAAAUUUAAGAAAAUGCCUAGUAGACCCAAGAAGAACAGGAAGAGAGAUAUCAUUGUAGAUCCAAAGAAUCCUAAUAAGUUGUCCAAAUAA